CGUCCUCCAAUUUUCUUUUUGAGUUCCAUAGAGACUCGUAUCUCAGUAAAUACUAAAUUCUUAUAACCAUGACCCGCGAAGAGGCACCACCAGCCUUUAACCUCACCGACGUCGAUCGUCAGGUCCUCGCUCAGACUGACGAGGAAUUUGUCCUUCAUGACUGGGAAGGUCUCAAAGCGAUCAUCGCCCGGAAUGAUCUCGGAAUUCUCAAGCGGAAACCCUCCGAUCUCAAACGCUACCUCGCCUGGACAGCCGACAUCAAAGCCCAAUAUGGCACAAUCACAAACUACAUCUGUCAACGUCGUUUAGGCUGGCACCUCCCGGACCCUGACACCAGCACUACUACCACCGGUGCCACAACAGACAGUGGGGCGGUCUUCCCCUUCAAGAACCCGAUCCCCUUUGCCGAUCCCGCCGACUACAAGAUUCUCCGCAAUGACUGGCCCUACGGCGUCACCCCGGACAUCAACCACCUUGUCGUGUGGCUGCGGACUCCUGUUCCCGUGAAACCGGAAAAUGGCGACGUGACCGAUGAGUCCCGGGCGCUGAUUGAGGAUUUCGUGCAGCGCACGUUUGUGGGGCGGCUUGCACAGGAGGGGAAAUCGAAGUUUGCGGAUCCGAAGGAACAUGUCCUAUGGUUUAAGAAUUGGACUGCGUUGCAGAGUGUGCGUAGCUUGGAGCAUAUGCAUGUUCUUGUGAGGGGUGUUCCGGAGCAUAUCUUGCGCGAGUGGACGGGAGAGGAACCUUUGAAGAAUUAGGGUUUCUCUUCAACUGCUGGAUUCUACUAGUAGAGAUUAGAUGUUAGAUGUGGAUUUGGAUUUUACAUCGAGAGAUUAAUAGAU